CAAAGAAACCGAAGAAACCGAAGAAACCAAAGAAAAUAACGCAAGGAUCAAAUAUGUCCUGGAGGAAGAGGGACCUGGAUGGGAACAUUCUACCCCAACAUUGGAAUAAGAAUCGAUCUGUUAAACCUUCCAGCUCUCUGGAGUCCCCAGAGGUCGAGGAGACGCAUGAGAUUCCUCUACAGGUCCCAAGUCUUGAUCAACAUCUUCUCACACUGAGAAACCUGUUGGGUUCUCUCACUGUCCCUGCAUCAUCAGAAGAAACACCCACUGUAACAACAUGGACCCAAAGACAGUUGAAACGUGAACAAAAAUUCAGAGCUGCAAUGCCAGAGCUCCUUAAUUUGAAAUUGGCUGCAGAGAUUGUCACUAAACGUUCCUGUCUCCAAUGCAAAACUGCUGAUGCUGUGGUCCGGUGCUUGGACUGUGUUCCACCAGGAACUCCCUUUCUUUGUCCGGCAUGUGACCCAAUUAUCCAUGGCAAAAAUGUCUUCCAUGACAGGGAAGCCAUGAUUGAUGGGUUUUACAGACCUAUUCCUCCCACAUCCUUAGUGGUUGUGGAUGAAAGUGGCCAAUAUGGACUCUGUGAACAAGUGUGUCUGCUUCCAAUUCCUCCACCAUCCCAAAUCUGCUUCUGUGGUCCAAGCCAAGAUUUCACCAUCAUCCCAGGAAAGCAGACCGUGUUGGUGACUAUCAAUGGUUUGUUGCCACCAGAAGACGAUGUGGUCAAGCAAAAAUACAGGAUUACUAUUAUACUUUUGUCCUGCGUUGCAUAGAUACCUGUCAAAUUGCACAUUUAUAUUUUUUCUCAGGUCCAUACAACGUUUGCCUGCCUUCUGUGUGCUGUCCAACUUGUUCCACCAAAUGGUCCCCGAGCAUAGGUGACUUGCUUGGAUACAAAUACUGGCCAGCAACCGACAGCUGCAAAAUUAUUUUUAAGUUUGAUGUGUUCACAUCAUUCGAGCAAAUGAAAUUGGCCAGCCCAGCAUUAUCCCAGCAAGUAUUUAUAAAAAUGCUUGAACAUCGAUCGUUUUCCACAGGAAGGACAGGCAGAAUCUGUAGCGAUACCUCCACAGAGUCUUUCGGGAGUUUGCCUUCUGUAAUUACAGACAAGAAGAUCUGUGCCUGGUGGAGCCCUUUAAAUGCCCAGCAUGCACACCUGACAUGCUGGCUAUUGCUGUAGAUGGCAAGAGAAAGCAUUAUCGCUUCAAGAAGUCCAGAGGGACAGAUGAACCGUCUCUAUUUGAUGGACUGUUCAUUGCCCAGGACAGUAAAGUGUCUGCCUUUGUCGACAAAAUCAGGAGCCAGAUGACGAUUAAAAGUGGUCGUGAUGUUUGUGGACCGGCAACAUUCACAGCUUGCAGAGAAACCUCACACAAGUCCAGGGCCAAGGUGGACGAGGAAGGCCUGCAAAUAGCUGUGUGCAGACAUGGCAUCUUGCUACAAGGCCUAAAUCACUACCGUGGUGAAAUAUAUGCCUACCCAAUGUUCCUGCAGAAGGAGCUGGCUGAAGUUGCGAAUGCAACAUUCUUUUGUAUGGAUGUUGCCUGCAGGUACUGGCCUUAUUUGGAGAAGAUGGCAGCAAAGUUGCCAGAGCUCCAACCACUUACAGAGAUGAAACCUUUUCUCUCUGUAAUGCACGCCAAGGCCCACACAGGCAAAUGCGAGGUGAAGUGGGGUGGCAGAAGCCAGGAAGGUGCUGGAAAUACUGUUAGGAAGUGGAACAGGUUAACAGCUUCCUCUCAAGGGCAGCUCUGACAACAAAAUACAUGACCAAAUCAGCUAGAGCAGAUAUGAUAACCGUGCUGGCUAUGCUAUGGAACCACAGGAAGGUGGAGAAUCUCCACAAGACACUCUCAAAGAGAUUUGUCAAAACUACACAGAGAGCACAAACUGAAGUGGACAAUCUUGAGAGUCUCAAGCAAGAGCUGAACAUCUCCCUGGAGGACACGGAGCAGUGGGUGUUGGAGGUCAAGCAAUGGGCAGCCACUGAGAAACAUGGAGGCCAGAGCAGCCAGGAGGAGCUCCAGAGAGAAAUAGAUGACAUUAUUUAUUCCCUCCGAAGAAAGAAACACGACCUCUAUCGACAAAAUGACAGCAACCAAACAAGGCAACGCAAACGGAGAAGACUGACAGAGCUCAAGAAUAAACUCAGAGAGAGGAUACUGCAGUACAACACCAUUGAUACCUGUACAGAGACAAUUGACACAGAAGCAGCAUGCAGUCUGUCUGAGGAUGUCAUUCUGCCCUGGGAGGCGCAAGGAGAUGUGGUGAACCUGCGCACAAAGAGGCGACUUUUUGACCAGGUUAUGCUGGUCAGGCGUAUGGAAGAGGAGAAAGUCAUCAUUGUGAAGGAGAUGACCCAGCAUUGUCAAAAUCUGAGGCAGGCACUGGACAAACUGGACCACCUCCUUCAUCAGACAAAAGACGACAUCAGGAACCAAAUUUCUCCAAGCGAUAUAACAGAAGAGGGAUACAGGGGACUGCACUGCUGUCUUUUACACCAUCAAUAUCUUCUGGAGCAGAAACUGAGCAGAGUCACCAGCACCUACAGCUGUAUUGGCACGGACUCGUCUUUUCUCAUGAUGGAGGAAGACAUUGAAGACGGUGAUGAGCACAACGAACAGGACGGUGAUGAGGACAACGAACAGGACGGUGAUGAGGACAACGAACACGACGGUGAUGAGGACAACAAACAGGAAGGUGAUGAGGACAACGAACAGGACGGUGAUGAGGAUAACAAACACGACGGUGAUGAGGAUAACAAACAGGAAGGUGAUGAGGACAACAAACAGGACGGUGAUGAGGACAACGAACACGACGGUGAUGAGGACAACAAACAGGAAGGUGAUGAGGACAACGAACAGGACGGUGAUGAGGAUAACAAACACGACGGUGAUGAGGAUAACAAACACGACGGUGAUGAGGAUAACAAACAGGAAGGUGAUGAGGACAACAAACAGGACGGUGAUGAGGACAACGAACACGACGGUGAUGAGGACAACAAACAGGAAGGUGAUGAGGACAACGAACAGGACGGUGAUGAGGAUAACAAACAGGAAGGUGAUGAGGACAACGAACAGGACGGUGAUGAGGAUAACAAACACGACGGUGAUGAGGAUAACAAACAGGAAGGUGAUGAGGACAACGAACAGGACGGUGAUGAGGAUAACAAACACGACGGUGAUGAGGAUAACAAACAGGAAGGUGAUGAGGACAACAAACAGGACGGUGAUGAGGACAACGAACACGACGGUGAUGAGGACAACAAACAGGACAACGAACAGGACUUAACAAGUCUAUUGUAUUGUGUUGUAUGCAUGUGAACGUAUUAAAACGAGUAUUACGAUUUAA